AUGAUCCGCCAUCAACUCAGAGUAACAAUCUUUGUCAUUUGCAACGACGGCUACACGAUCGAGCGUUUCAUCCACGGCAUGGACGCCGGAUACAAUGAUGUUGUUCAGUGGAAGUACCAGGACACGGUCACGGUGUUCGGCGGCACCGACAAGACUGCCAAGAAAUUCCAGGUUCGCACCAAGGAGGAGCUGGACAAGCUCUUCAAGGACGAGAGCUUCAACAAUGCCAAGGAGGUGCAGUUUGUCGAGCUGUACAUGGAGAAGAAGGAUGCGCCGAGGGCACUCAUCAUGACGGCAGAGGCCAGUGCCAAGACAAAUGCGAAGGACAGCUAGUGUACUCAUGAUGUUUUGGCGGGGAGAUUAUGGCAAGACCUAAGGUUGGAGGAGACUGAAUGCGUUGUAAGGACUGAACAGAAAUUACCAAAAUAAACCACUAAUGUUACCCUCGAUAUUCUCAUGAGCAACGUGGGACA